GGAACAGCAGUUCCACUCCAACCCUGCUUGUGAACUCUCUCUCUCUCUCUCUCUCUCUCUCUCAGUCUCCGUUUACUUCUUUAACUUUACCCACUCCUCCUACGCCUCGAACUCUUCUGCUUUUUGGACCCUUUCAAUCCAUCAGCAAGUACACACAUAUAUAUACCUCCAUAAUUUUCUUGCUCUCGGUUCACUGCGGCUGUAGUUUUUUGGGUUCACUGAUUGAUCAUCGGAAUUUUCUCCAAGGUUUCGCUUCUGGGUUCAAAUUUGUAUUACACUCUUUCAGGGGUUGGCAAAAGAAUUACACUUUUAUUCUCACCUAUGCUUUGACUUUGGUGUUUACAUUAAGUAUGGACUUCAACUAUGACAGAAUGGCGUGGGUUGCCGAUGUACGCCAAAAGUUUGAAACUUUAUGCUUGGAGGUAAAUGGUGUCUUGCAUGAGGAAACAUUUAGAAAUGUUGAGAACAAGUUGCAGUCUGUGGGUAUCCAUAUUGAAAGCAAGUUGCAGGCAGUGGGUGCAAAUAUAAAAGAAUUGUGCUCAGAAUUUGUACAUGAUGUGCUUCCUGCUUUGCCAUCAGAUUCUGUGGAAGGGGAAGCUCCUGAAUUAUCUCCUCAACAAGAUAAAGAUAUUGAUUUUAUAGAUCCUGAAAACUCACUGCUUGAUAUUGAAGCUGGUUCUGACAAGGGAAUUUGCAACAAAAACUCUUUGGUACACCCAUCUGUUAUGGAAUCUAUAGAAGGAGACAAUUCUAAUCCCUUGUCAAAGCAAAAGAGUGAUACUGGUGUGCAUGGAAAGUUGCACGAAGUGGAAGAUCGAAUAGUGGAGAAACCUUGUCCAACUGAGAUUUCAGUAGCAACUGAUAUUGCUUUGGUAGAUUCAACAACAGCAUCAAUAUCUCAUGAGGUCAACAGAUUCAGUGGUGAAAGAAGGGAUGUUCAAGUCAAUUUGUCUUCACCAACAUCUCUUGCAAGAUGUGACUGCUGUGCAAAGGAAUUGGAAGCUACUAACGUCAUGAACGCCCUGCCAUCGUCUAAUUCCAUUGUUGUAGUUGACUCCUGCAAGUGUAGAGUUUCAAAUACUGGAGUUAUUUUUGGUGAUGGUUGCCCUCCAGCGUCAAAUGACUCUUGUUGGGCUGGGCUUGAGCUGUCUAAAGUAGUUCCUGACUCAGAGGAUUAUGUGUCUGUUGCACAUAAUGGCACAGAGGGUGCAGACAAGUCAACAGAUGGUCUUGUAAUUGAACUGGGUGUGGAAACCGUCCAAUUUAAUGAACUGGAGCUUGACGGGGGUUCUGAUGCUGCAAAUAGCAGUAAAUUUUGUUUUGUCUGCCUCACUGCAGCAAAAAGUCAGCCUUACAAGAAAAGAACAUGCGAGCAUCACCUGCAUGGUUUUGAAGAUCUUGAUGCAGAAUCAAGUGAACGGAGUCCAGAAAGUUCAGCUUCCAAUGUGGAUACAAGUACAUUGGAGACUGCAGAUCAUGAGUUUUGUGAUUCAGAAUGGGAAAUGAUUUAGAUAUAUUAUCAGUUUCUUUGCAAAUAAUCAGGCAGUUGAGUUGUUUUGGCCUUUCUUAUAAAGACUGGGAUUAUUACAAUUAUUAAUAAUCAUGGAACCUUCUCUUUCUUUCUUUUUUCUUUCAUAUAAACCCAUUGUGGUGGAUUUAGCAGUGAUGAGGAUCCAUGCAUUUUCAGGCAGAUGCAUAACAGGUUCUGUAAAUUGGAAGAGAGCCCUUGUGAAUAAAUCAUGCUGUGUCCCCAAUGAUUUUGUUUUAUCUUAUACAUUUUUCAGUGUUGCCUCUGGUUC